CACAGUACACACGCCUCUGAAGGAAAGAGGAAAACACCACCUCUUCUCCUCUGCCUUUUUCGUCGUUCUUUUUCUACAGCCAAGAUCUACACAGCCGUUCGAUUCGGGCCCUGCGGAAGAAGUUCCGUCAAUUUGCCGUUCAUUCGACAAGCUAGCGGAAUGCAGCUCCUGCAGGAGAAGUAACGAGCAAAGAUUCGCUGCAGCUUCCGGAGAGAAGCAGCUGGAUAUUCAACUCUGGCCGACGCUUUAGGAAAAUCUUCUGCUGCUGCCGGAGAAGGUGUCGAGCCUUUCUUUUCCGGUGUUCAUUCACAUUCCAAUACUCGUUUAUUGGUUUGGCAACUUCCGAUUGAUUAUGGCUAACCUUUGAUCCAUUCAUUCUCCAAUGCCAUUCGCUGCAUUCAAUAAUCUUUACUGUUGAGAGUUGAUUAAGUAGCUAUUAGGGAUGUGAGCAUAUCGAAAAGGGUAAACACCAGGAGAGGGAGAAGAUACUGCAACAUAUAUAGGGUGUACUGAUUUCAAGCAUUUUUGAGGCAUCAGAAUCAGAGAUGGCAAAACUAAAUUGUUUCCCUCGAUUGGCCACGAAGAAGAGAGAUAAGUUGCAGAGGGAUGAUGUGUCUACAAAAGCAGAUUACAUAAAAGCGCUUAGAACUCUCCAGAUACAACAAGUGAAGCCUGUUGGGUUGGAUGAGGCGAACUCAACCUUGUCUAAAGCCUCUGUACCUUCUGAACCUGAGAAAGAUUCUCUUCGUGAUGCCAAGGUAUUGAACCAAGAGAGUCCUGUUGAGGAUGAUGCAACAGAGGUAUCCUAUGAAGGGGAAGACGAACAAGAAGAGAAUGCCUCAAUUAGGAGAGAAAUCUCUGACUUUGAUCUCCAUGCCCAUGCCAAUUCAUACGUAGAGUUUGAUUUUAGAGUCACAGAGUUGGGUUCUUCUGAUUCAUUUGAUGCCAAAUUGAAGGAAGAGGUGAUUGCCGCUGAGAAGGAUGUUCAAAAGGGUGGUGACACAAUGAAAAGUGGACAUGUUAGUGAUCCAGGUAUUGGGACAGCUGAGUUCUGGGCUUCACCACGGCUGAAGCGCUCUUGCUCUAAUCUGGAAACAAGGGAUGUGCUAAGAAAGAUAGCUGAUCAGUUGCCUCCUUCAAAAUCUCAGUCUUUUGAAGAAUUGCAAGACUUGUCCACAAGGAUGCGGGCGGAUUUUAUUACUGGAAGCCCUCUUUCCGUACUGACCCAUGGAAGUGCUGACAGAGUGAUGUUGAAGAAGCAUUCUUCCAGUCAAGUUCUGCCUUCAAGGAGUAGGAAGCUUUGGUGGAAGUUGUUCCUCUGGAGCCACCGGAACUUGCACAAACCUUGGACAGCUAAAAGACAGCCAUCCCUUGUCAAUUCUACUAAGAACCAGCAAGGUGGGUACUCUUCAGAUACACUCGAGCUGAAUCAAGCAAUGAAACAAAGCAAGAUGGAAUCACCCCAAUCCUUUAGUGGGGAGUCCUUGAACAAAGUCCACCAUGGCAACUGCAAUGACAACCAAAGCUGGAAAGGUUUUCACAGUGGAGUUUCUGAAUUGUGGACCCAGAACCAAUGGGUUGCUUUCCCUGGUGAAUCAACGUCCUUCACAAGAGUGGAGGAGUGGGUAAGAGGUCUUGAUACCCAAAUCUCUCUUCUAGCUAAUGAUGAUGCAAACACUGAAGAGGAUAUCAACUUCCCACCUUCCCCUGAUGGUGGUAAAUCAUUAGCAAUAGGCACAGUUCAGUGGACUCGGCAUCAAGAUAUCAAUCUGUCAGAGGAGAUAUUGCAGGCAAAUAAUGUAAUUCAGUCUCUUAAUUCUUCCUCAACUGUGGCCCACAUUUCAGGCAUAGGGUUGAAAGCUAUCCCAUCCAUCUCACUCUUCUGCAGCCUUAGAUCUGUCAACUUGUCAAAUAACCUCAUAGUCCACAUUACUCCAGGGUCACUACCAAAGGGCCUCCAUUCACUCAACCUGUCGAAGAACAAGAUCAACAUUAUUGAAGGACUCAGAGAAUUGACUCGAUUGAAAGUACUUGAUCUUAGUUACAAUCGCAUUUCUCGAAUUGGACAUGGGUUGUCAAACUCUACACUGAUCAAAGAACUCUAUCUUGCUGGGAAUAAGAUUAGUGAUGUUGAAGGACUGCACAGGCUCCUAAAGUUGACAGUCCUCGACCUGAGCUUCAACAAGAUAACUACAACAAAAGCUCUAGGGCAGCUUGUUGCAAACUACAACUCAUUGCAAGCUUUGAAUCUGUUGGGGAAUCCUAUUCAGAACAACAUCAGUGAUGACCAACUGCGCAAGGCAGUAUGUAGUCUCCUUCCAAAGCUAGUGUACCUGAACAAGCAAUCCAUCAAACCUCAAAGAGCAAGGGAAGUUCUCACCGAUAGUGUUGCCAAAGCUGCUCUUGGAAGUAGAAACGGGGGCUCUCGAAGAAAUACAGUGAGGAGAGUAAGCCAAAAUGGAUUGAUAUCCUCCUCCAAUAGGUCAAGGAGCAGUGCUGCAGCUGGGCACAAGAGCAGAGACAAAUCCAAAAGCCAAAGUCGUCGUCACUUGCCUACAAAGACACUUUUGUCUGCGCAAGCGUCUUCAUCUCAUUAGAUCUUUUCUCAUUCCUGGGGAAUCUACCUUUAAAAUACAAGUGAAAGUUUCUUUCUUCCCUCGUUCUCUAAAUCCUCCCACCUUCUUUUUCUGCCUCUCCCUCCUUUCCAUGUCUAGUGUGGUUGUGGUAUUCUAAUUCAAGUGCAGUAUGGUGUGGUGCAGUAGAAUGUCAAUUUCUGCAGCUAUUGUUUUUGGCUUGUUAUGGCAUAACGCUACUCAGUUUGUGCACUUACAUGAAUCUAUAUUUUGUCUAAUUUGUGUGGUCAAUUUUUACUUUUUAUU